AUGCCAAUGCUUGGGCAAGCCAGAGCCAAACAGUCUGACGAAAACCUUUCGGAAGUGGGAGACGACAUCGUCCUCCGGCAGCUCCGGCGGCAUCGCACAGGAAUUCCGCCAGAGGAGACAGCGUCAACAAAUGCAAAUCAAAGGGCCGUCACUUUCGAUAGCAAUGCCCCUCUUCAAGUCGAACACCCACCCUCUCAUAAAAGUACUACCAUCCCCUUACCUUUCCUUGUCAAACCCUACCUAACCUACCAAAACUACAAACACGCCCUUGCAACCCACUUUCCGACCCUCUACACUGCCUUCCCACGUCUUCCAUUCGCCCUCGUGCCAUUCGCAUUUUCUCAAUUCAUCCUCAUUGAGGGAUUGGCGCACCAAGGCUGGAUAGAGAUCUUCGCGCGCUGGCUCGUCGUCGCGUCGGGGCGGCGGAUGUAUCCAACGAUCUGGCUGGUGGGCAUUCUUGGUGUUGUCCUUUGCAACAUCAGUGGGACGAACAUCGGAGCAACGAUUCUCCUCACCAAGGUUGUCCGUGCGGCGUCAUUGUCUGCCCUGCCGGACACAGACAUCAACCUAGAGGCGUUCAACAGGUCCGCGGCUAUUUCUCUCGCCGUAGCCUCAAAUAUUGGGACCGUGUCGUUCACGUUCAGUGCCUCGCUCGCGGGGCUUCUGUGGAGGCAGAUAUUGAAUCAGAAGGGGAUUUUUAUCAGGCAGAGGACAUUCGCGUGGUGGAACCUGGCACCCUUGGUGGUCAUGACAGGUGUAGGACUGGCUGUCGUGUGUGCAGAGAUGGCGGUGUUGUAUUGA